AGUCAUGGAGAUAUCACCAGAGGAUCCAAUCACCACAUGUCUUUCUCCCUCAGUGUAUGAUAUGAUCUGUAAACUGGGGUUUGAAGUCAGAGAAGAUCGUGAUAUCGAUAGUAUCGUAACUAAAAGUGGUGAAGUGUGCUGGAAGACCAUCACAGACUGUGUGAUUGACACAGAAUCAGCCCAGGGUCUGGAUUACCAGGGGAGCGUGAGGCUGCUGGGCCCUGUGUGUGAGGCCGUCCAUGUCCAUUUCUCAUCUCUGACCAGGAGGCAGUUUGAAGUUCAGUAUGCACCGUGGCUCCGGUGGACAAGUUCUCCAGAGUUAUUUCCAGAAAUAUUUGACGCCCUGGGGAGUCUUCAGUCUCCUGCUGUUUCUCUCAGCCUAAUGAAGCUGACGGCAUGUCUCGAGCGGGCCUUGGGCGACGUGUUUUUACUGGUCGGGAAAGAGUGCCCCUUCCUUCUGAGAGAUCUGCUGGCGUCCGCGGAGCUCGCGGGAGUCUUCGGGCGGCCCGUGAUGAGCGUGCUGACGGUCUUCGUGGGCUCUCCACGUGGAUUGAACCUGCGCAAUGUCCUGUGGCAUGGGUUCGCGUCGCCGUGGGAGGUCCCUCCAAAGUACUGUUCCAUGAUGGUGCUGCUGACAGCUGGGCUGGGUCAGCUCCUGGAGGCCUACCUUCAGCGGACGGCGUGCACCAUGGCACGCCGACCCCUCCUCACGCUCACAGACUCGGAGGACCUGGCCGUUUUCCCUGAAGUUACUCAUGAGGUGCUUUCGGUGCUGGAAGAAGUGAUGAAGAGAUCCACUUUCGUGCUAAGGAUCAUGUUGCCGUAUUGGGAAGUCGCGCUGAUCAAGUUCAAGUCACACAGGUUUGCGGACUGUGCCAUGUUGCUACUGACACAGCUGGAGACUGGGCUUCGGAACGUGUUUGCCACAGUUAACAAGUGUCCCCGAAGACUUCUGACGGCAGAGUCAACAGCUCUUUAUACCACCUUUGAUGAAAUAUUGGCAAAGCACUUGAACGAUGGUGAAAUCAAUCAACUUCCUCCUUUCCUGGGAGAGCCUGCCAUGGAAUUUCUCUGGGACUUCCUGAACCAUCAGGAAGGUCCUCGUGUAAGAGAUCAUCUAAGCCACGGGGAAGUCAACUUACCCGAAUUUCCAAAAGGAGUGACAGGCCAGCUGCUGGCCUUUUCCGUUGUGCUUUUACUGAGAUUCGCCGAUGGAGAGCUGGCGUCCGUGUUCAAGGAGAGAGCAGCGAUACAGCCCUUGGUCGUCCUCGCACAAGGCUACAGCGCCCGCUUCCAUCCCGUCGCUCUGGCUAGGAAGCAGGUGCUGAGCUGUGAGAAGAGCAUCCGGCUUUGGCCUCUGCUGCCUUUGCCAGAAGAAGCUGCACAGGAAGCAGCCAGGUUGGAAGGUGAUCACGAAACAAACGCCUGCAACUCUUUAAUGACAAAGGUCGCGCGUGGGCUGUGUCAGUACCUCCCUGAGGACCCCUGUGUGCUCAGCGGCUUGGAUGACCUUCCUAUCGAAAGGUGGCCCCGGCUGCUCCCCGGACUCUGCAGCAUCCGCGUCCCGACCCUGUUCUGUCCCAGAGCCGUUCUGGAAGUGCUGUCCGUGCUCAGGAGCAUCAGCCGCUGCUGCGCCCGGGUGUCCCUGCAGGUGGCCGCCUCCCUGGAGCUGCGGCGCCAGCAGUGGGAGGCGAGGACACUGCGCUCCCGGCAGAGGCGGAACUUCCUGCGCAUGCUGAGCAGUGUUAAGCUUCUGUCUCCUGUGCUCUCCCUGGUUUUGCUGCUGAUUGCGCUGGAAUUGGUCAACAUUCACGCGGUUCGUGGGAAGAGCGCUCACGGAUACCAGCAGUACCUGAAGUUCCUGAGGGCCGUCCUGCAGUGGGCGGAGAACCUGGCGGCCUGCACCAGCCCCGACAGGAACCAGUGGGGCGAGGUGCCCGGGCUCACGCGCGCUGCCCUGCUGAGGGUCUGGGCUUUCACCGAGAAGCAGCAAAUGUUACUUCAUUCGGCCAGGAGCGCCGAGUAGACAGCCCUGGACACACAGGCCACCUCGGCCACAUCGGGAGGGGCUCCCAUAGAGUGCGAGUGGGGAUCCGAGGAGGGGCGGCCCGGGGCCCCCGAGCAUGCAGCCUGUCCCCAGGCCGCAUGGUGGACACACGUUCCGUUCGUGUUCCCUGUCUCGUGGCUGAUAUUUCGGAUAAAGUGGCAGCACCGGAUUCCUUUACUCCGAAGAUAUUACCUGUAACUGACAGCCGCUCUGUGGAGAGUCACCCUGAACCCUGGCGAGCAUUCUUCCCUCCACCCGCAGCGCCCACUGGUAGG